GAUGUAAGGUGGUGUUUGAUGGUGAUGUAAAAUGCAGUGAGUCACUGCUGUGUCCAAGGUUCUCUGUGGGCUGCGUCUUUGUUCCACAUUCUUGUUCUUAGAAACUGCUUGGCCAGUGUGCGACAUCAGCAUCGUCUGUGUGAGUCAGGUCAGGCUAAUUUCCUGUGGUGUAACCUGCCUCUGCUUCCUGCAUUGUCUUGCCCUAUCCAGCAACUUGCUUGGAAUGUGUACCAUAAUGAUUUCCACAUAUUGUCUCUUUAAAUGAGUGCCUCUUUUGCAACCCUUUGCCCUUCUGACGCAGAACAUUUAUACUUAACAAGUUUUUCCAUCUGGUCAUGAGUUUCUUUGUUUGGAAUGCGACUCGGUGCUCAGAUGUCUAACUUCUUCUUUUCUUGUUUUCUCUUUUCAGAAACAUGUGAAGGUCCUUGUGAAAGUUCGACCCGCGAGUUGGUCUUCAUCAACAAAAAGGCAACGAUCACCCUCCUCUUCCUCUAAACCAUUCUGUCUGCUCACUCAGCGGUUUUCUUGCAGGACAAGGAAACAUGGAUGGUCAAAAGGUCAAAGACAGAACUUUCAUGCGCUGUCCCACGUUUGGAGCAGUUGCUACUCUUUUAUUCUUCUGGCUUUUAGUGGUUCCUGCCUCAGAUGGGCAGACCUUCAAUAGUUUCCACCCAGAAAGACGAGAUUGGAUUUUUAAUCACCUGACUGUUCACCAAGCCACUGGUGCAUUAUAUGUUGGCGCAGUCAACCGUGUGUACAAGCUGUCAGGCAACCUCACCCUCCUUGUUUCCCAUGAUACAGGCCCAAAGGAUGACAAUAAGGCCUGCUACCCUCCUCUAAUUGUACAGCCCUGUUCUGAGGCCCUGGUGCCCACCAACAAUGUCAACAAGCUCCUCCUCAUAGAUUAUUCGCAAAAUCGGCUGCUGGCCUGUGGCAGCCUCUACCAAGGUGUGUGUAAACUCCUCAGAUUGGAUGACCUGUUUAUCUUAGUGGAGCCUUCCCACAAGAAGGAGCACUACCUCUCCAGCGUCAAUCAGACAGGGACCAUGUAUGGGGUGAUUGUGCCGUCGCAGGGCCAGGAUGCAACGCUUUUUAUCGGCACAGCAGUGGAUGGUAAACAGGACUAUUUCCCCACUCUUUCCAGCCGAAAGUUGCCACGUGAUCCGGAAUCUUCUGCCAUGCUUGACUACGAGUUGCAUACUGAUUUUGUGUCCUCUCUUAUAAAGAUACCAUCAGAUACACUAGCGCUUGUCUCACACUUUGACAUCUACUACGUUUAUGGCUUUGCGAGUGGCAGCUUUGUUUACUUCCUGACUGUUCAGCCAGAGACACCGGAGAACAGCAUGUCGUCAAGCGGAUCCAGCAGCGAUCUCUUCUACACGUCCCGCAUUGUUCGCCUCUGUAAGGAUGACCGCAAAUUUCACUCCUACGUCUCCCUGCCCAUCGGCUGUGUGAAGAACGGCGUUGAGUAUCGCCUGCUGCAGGCUGCUUACCUCGGCAAGCCGGGCCGCAUUCUCGCCGCUUCGCUCAACUUAAGUGCCCAAGAUGAUGUGCUGUUCACCGUCUUCUCCAAGGGCCAGAAGCAGUUCCAUCGACCACCAGAUGACUCGGCGCUCUGCGUCUUCACCAUCCGAGACAUCAACGCGAGAAUCAAGGAGCGCCUGCAGUCCUGCUAUCAGGGAGAAGGAAACCUGGAGCUCAACUGGCUCCUUGGGAAGGACGUCCAGUGUACUAAAGCGCCUGUGCCCAUCGAUGACUCCUUCUGCGGUCUGGACAUCAACCAGCCGCUUGGCGGCUCUCAGCUGGUGACCGGCCACACGCUCUACACUGAGACUCGGGACCGCAUGACCUCUGUGACCUCCUAUGUCUACAAUGGCUACUGUGUGGCUUUUGUGGGCACCAGGAGUGGACGUCUAAAGAAGAUUCGAGUCGAUGGUCCUCCUCAUGGUGGCGUCCAGUAUGAGACGAUCUCGGUCAUAAAGGACGGCAGCCCCAUCCUCAGAGACAUGGCCUUCUCUCUGGACCGCAACUUCCUCUACGUCAUGUCUGAUAGACAGGUUACCCAGGUUCCUAUUGAAUCCUGUGAGCAGUAUGGGACCUGUGGAGAGUGUCUGAGCUCCGGAGAUCCCCACUGUGGCUGGUGUGUCCUGCAUAAUAUAUGCUCUCAAAGGAAUCGAUGUGAGCGUGCAGACGAGCCGUAUCGUUUCGCCGCCUCUCUCAGCCAGUGUGUGAAGGCCACCGUCUUUCCCGACAGCAUUGCAGUAUCCGAGCCUAGCGUGCCUCUGCUGGUGAAGGUGAGUGAUGUCCCAGACCUUUCUGUGGGCAUCACCUGCUCCUUUGGCAACUUGACAGAGAUCGAGGGAAACGUAAACGGCAAUCAGAUACUCUGUGUGUCUCCUGCUGCAAAGGAUGUCCCGCUGAUACCGACUGACCAAGACUGGUCAGGUGUUGAGCUGAGGCUCAACUCUAAGGAGACUGGUCAGAUGCUCAUCAGCACUGAAAUCAAGUUUUACAACUGUAGUGUCCACCAGCUGUGUCUGUCAUGUGUGAACAGUGCCUUCCGCUGCCACUGGUGCAAAUACCGCAACUUGUGUACCCAUGACCCCUCCAGCUGCUCCUUCCAGGAGGGACGAGUCAACACCUCUGAGGACUGUCCCCAGCUGGUGCCCUCGGAGGAGAUUCUGAUCCCAGCAGGGGAGGUGAAGCCAAUCACCCUAAAGGCCAAGAACCUGCCACAGCCCCAGUCUGGCCAGCGAGGCUAUGAAUGUGUCCUCCACAUCCAGGGGGUCAGCCAUCGAGUCACCGCCCUUCGCUUCAACAGCUCCAGCGUACAGUGCCAGAACAGUUCGUAUCUGUAUGAGGGAAUGAGGAUCAGCGAGCUGCCUGUGGAUUUUUCAGUGGUGUGGAAUGGCAACUUCAUUAUUGACAACCCAGAGAAUAUACAAGUGCACCUGUAUAAGUGUGCAGCCCAGCGGGACAGCUGUGGCAUGUGCCUGAAGGCAGACAGGAAGUUCCAGUGCGGCUGGUGCAGCGGAGAGGGAAGGUGCACACUGCGACAUCACUGCCCUCUCAUCAACCCUUACACCACUCGCUGGCUCAACCUGUCCACCAAGAACGUCAAGUGUACCAACCCACGCAUCACUGAGGUUUGCACUGAUAAUCAGCUUUCUGUCUUGCUUGCCUGCCCACUCAGAUGCAGCUGCAGUCAGUCUGUCACUGUCUGCUUCCACUGCAAUCUGGAUCUUCAUUCAGUCACAAUUCAUCAUUGA